AGCGACGUCAUGUCUCGUCCUUAGUCACAAAAUGUGCGAUACAUCGUCACAUAAAAAUAAAAUUGUCGUCUCCUCCAUUUCUUGUCAACUGCCGAAGAAUUGUAUCCAACUUUUCCACGUCACUUGUCACCUUCCGGUUCUCGCUUGGCAUAAUCCGGAUCCAGAGAAAACACGAGUCGUGUUUGUUCAGUUAUAAUUUCACCAUCAAGUUAUAUUUAGUAUAGUUUUUAGCCUCAUGUUCGUUUAGUUAGGGGAAGAAAUUUCAGAAUUUGUCAAAUGUGAUUUUGGAUUUUUAUUGAAAAUUUCGAAAGCCUGGUAUAAACACCGGGUUGGAAAUCCACAAAAUAAAAAAAAACAAUAUGUGAAAAUUGUUCGACUAAAAGAAGAAGUUUUGUGGAGGAAGUCUGGUCUGGUCUGAAUUGCAAUGUGUUGUCCGACCUGUAAAGGAGCAGCUUAUCUGGCCGUGUCCAUUUUCGUGUAUCGUGCCGUGAUGGUGAUAAUAACAAUGAUAUCGUCGUCGAUAACGCGUCGAAAAAGCAGUUAUCUUCCGCUCAGCGUUAUGGAAGAACUUUUACUGCAGCUCAUCUAUUUCAUCCCAUUGUUCACGUCGAGUUGCUUUAUCCUCAUCGGAUUAGAAAGUAAUUCCUUCACCUACAUGUUCUACUCCACGCUAUCUCUCACAUUUACCCUUUUCCUCCGCUACGUUGGCGAAAUUUCGUACAUUUACGCUCAAAAUUGGGACGCCCUUAAGGACAAGUUACCCCAACUUUAUCUCCAUCUAGCGGUCGACACCUGCCUGAUUUUCAUACUUUUCCUCUACGCGAGAAACCGACUUCGCUGCAAAGAGCGGGAUAAAGAUCUUUUAAAAAAUUCGAAGGAUAUUUAUCACGAAGAAAUGGGGGGCGAAACCUUGAUUCAUAACGACUUAAAGGAAAACCCGGGAGUGACAACGCCCCUUCUCGGACCGGGUAGUAAUAUCAUAGCUCCGGCGAAUUACAAUAAAAAUGUGAAUGUUCCCGCGGAAAAGAGUGGAAAUGGGGAAACAGGAGACAGUUUGACUUAUUAUCAUUAUCCCCCAAUUCGAAGGAUUGAUUCGGCGCGGGGUAAAAAACCGUUGCCGCCGUUACCUCUAAAAGAUGGCGGGGAGUUGGAUGACGUUUCCUUAAUUCCGCCCCCGGUUCCGUUAGCGGGACCGGAUUCGGAUGAUGAUGAUGAUUAAGGAUAAUUUCAAAUUGUAAUUUUUAGAGGAAUUUGAAUUUUGAAAAAAAAAUGAAUUUGAAUUUGAAAAUUUGAAUUGAAAGAUUUUCACACUGAUUGUGUUUAAAAUUUUAAACUUAAUUAUAAAAUGAGUUUCAAGGUCCUGACUUGGUUUGUAAUAUGGAGAAACGUGUCCAUACGAAAUUGCGAUUUGUAAUUAAAUUGGAAUUAAUAUGUAUAACUCCAAUUAAUUUAGGUAUAUGUAAUUGAAUAAUUAAUAAAACUUGUUAUAAAAUUAAGCCCCUCCCGAAAAUGUAGUUAAAUAAAUAAUUAUAGUAAAUUAUGUAUUCAUACAUAAUUAAGAAUCUUGGUCUGUUAAAUGUGAUUCAUUAAAACUCUUAUAAUUAAUUAAGCCACUUACUAAAUAUAAAGGAAUGUUAAUCUGUGUUAUAAAUAUUGUAUAUGUGAUAAAAUUAAAUAAAUUCCCAUCCGCACAUGUUUGCAAAUACCGUGCAAAAAUCUCUUAA